AUGACGAGAGCCACGCAGGUGGAAGACUUUGUCGUAACUGACCGAGGCGGCAUUGUCGAAAACAGACAUGGUGUUCACGCCGCAGUGGUCGAUGCAGACGGAAAGCUUCUGUACGCCGUCGGUAACCCGUCGCGGUUGACGUUGGCCCGAUCUGCAGCCAAGCCAGCUCAAGCUCUAGCCGCCCUGGAAACACCUGACUUCGCACGAUUCGGGUUUGAUGAGGCUGAUCUGAGCUUGAUGUGCGCUUCUCACAGCAGCGAAGACAGGCACAUCCAAAGGGCCAGAUCUAUGCUAGCUAAAGUCGGAGCUUCUGAGUCUGACCUCCAAUGCGGUGGUCAUCCUUCGAUCUCCCCAAAUAUUAAUCGCUCCUGGAUACAGGCUGACUUCGAGCCCACCGGGGUCUACAACAACUGCUCCGGGAAGCAUGCGGCCAUGCUGGGCGGUGGACUUGCGCUGGGUGCAGGGUUUGCCGACUACCACCUCCCUGAACAUCCCAUCCAGGUGAAAGUAAAGAAGGUCGUGGAGGAUCUCAGCGGUCUGUCUGAAGAAGACGUCAAAUGGGGCAUUGAUGGCUGUAACCUCCCCGCUCCUGGGUUGCCUCUGUGCUCAAUGGGACUCAUGUACGCCAAAUUUGCGGGAGCUGCUGACACUGUCGCAAGCGAAAAAUCAUCUGCUCCUGAGAGAACACGGCAUAUGGCUCGUAUCUUUAACGCCAUGGCUAGCUAUCCAGAGAUGGUUGGUGGUGAAGGCCGCUUCUGUACCUUACUCAUGGAGACCUUUGGGAGAUCUCUUAUCGGCAAGCUUGGUGCGGAUGGCUGCUACGGUGUUGGAAUUCGAACGUCUGAGUACAUCAAGCAGCUUGGUGUGGAUGGGGCUAUUGGUAUCGCGGUCAAGAUUGAGGACGGAAGUGAAGAAAUACUUUACGCCGUCGUGACGGAGAUUCUUGAGCAAUUAAACAUCGGAAAACAGGAGAUGCGUCAGAAGCUUGCGGCUUUUCAUCAUCUUAGAAGACUCAACACUAUGGGGAUCGUGACAGGCAAGGUUUCGCUGGCCUUCAAAAUAAGGGAUACACAAAUGACCCUUACUUCUUAA